AUGAAUAGUGAAGAAAACACAGAUUCCAUUCCUAUUGAUCUCAUUCUUGAUAUACUCUCGAGAUUGCCUUCAAAGUCAAUCGCGAGGUGUCGCUGCGUGUCGAAGCUAUGGGAAUCCAUGAUUCGUCAGUCAUACUUCACCGAGUUGUUCCUCACCAGGUCUUCAUCUCGUCCACAUCUCUUAAUCGCUGUCGAACAAGAAGGGGAGUGGAAAUUCUUCUCGUUGCCUCAACCUAAAAAUUAUCUUGGGAAGUCGUCUCUUGUAGUAGCCGCUAAUCUCCAUCUGAAAUUCUUUGAAGACAAACGCCCACAACACGGUUGUAGUUAUGCUUCUAGUUUGAUCUAUUUCCCUAAUAUGACGAUCCGAAAGAAGGGUGACGAUCACUUGGGUGUGAUAUGUAACCCUAGCACAGGGCAGUAUGGGUAUGUGAUCUUACCACCUUUACUGGAUUUCAAGAGCGUGCCUUACGGUAAAUUUUUAGGGUUUGAUCCGAUUGACAAGCAAUUCAAGGUAUUAAUCCCGAUAUUCGAUUUUGAUAAACAUCAAACGGAUCAUCAUAUUCUUACAUUAGGAGCUGAAACAGUUGGGUGGAGGAAGAUCCAAUCUCCCUUACGCUAUCUUCCUCAUAGUAAUGGAACAAUUUGCAUCAAUGGGAUUUUGUAUUACCUAGCUAAAAUUAAUUAUGCAAUGGAUAAAAAUGUGCUAGUUUGCUUUGAUGUUAGGUCUGAGAAUUUUGUGUUUCUACGUCUUAACACAUACUGCUCUUCUACUAAAUUGGUAAACUAUAAGGGUAAAUUAGGCAUGAUUAAUCAAGAGUAUGUUGAUGAUGGUGGUUUUCCCCUAAAGUUAAGUGUGUGGGUUCUAGAGGAUGUCGGAAAAGAAGAAUGGUCGACAUAUGUCUACACUUUGAGGGAUGAUAAUAAAGUCGAUCAGGUUAAAUAUAAUCUCUCCGUUGUUGGGGUGACUGCUUCAGGUGAAAUUGUUUUGGUGAAGAAGACUCAAACACUUAAGCCAUUUUAUGUUUUAUACUUUAACCCCGACAAAAAUACUCUCUUAACUGUUGAAGUCAAAGGACUACACCGGGGAUUGUAUGCCGUACACAGAAUUUACGCCUUUGUAGACCAUGUAGAGGAUCUUGAGUUUAAUAUUAUGAAGACAACAUAUGCUGCAAAAUCAAAAUUCUCUCAGGAAGACCGUUUUUAAUUACCCGCAACAAGAUCUUUGUAAGCUUGAGAGCCCCAACAAAUUCAAUGCUCUGUGUCUUUUAGAUGAUGAUGAUGAUGAUACAUAGGUUCUAUGGUUGCUUCCCAAGUAAGAUAAAAAGUUUCACUAUUUGAUGCAAGUUGUAUUCUCUCUUUGUA